AUGUCUUUUCGUUUGGUUCCAAGAGGAUUAACUGGAUUGUAUACGGAUAUGUUGGAUUCCUCUGAUGAUCAAAUUUGUAAGGUUCUUGAACUCAUGACAGACGAAGCAAAUUUACCAGUUUUGAUUCAUUGCAAGCAUGGAAAAGAUCGUACUGGUGUAAUAGUUGCCCUCGUUCUUUCUAUCUGUGGUGUCGAUGAAGAAGCAAUUAUUCAAGAUUAUUCGUUUUCUCAAAUUAGUUUAGCCAGUAUAAAUGCUGAAAUGGUCGAUGAUUUAAAAGAACUUGGAUUACCCGAAGAGUUUGCUUCCACACCUCCUGAA